CCUUAACCCAUGGUUAAAAGGACGGUUUAGAAUCAAGAUAACCCAGGGUUAAGUGCAGUGUGAAAAGCCCUUUUGUUUAUUUGAUAAGCAUUAACCUUCAAUUUGUUAUUUUAUAGUUUGGAUGUAGCUACAGGGCCGUUUCUAGACAUAGGCAAACUAGGCGGUCGCCUAGGGCACCACCUGCCGCAGGGGGUGCCAAAGAACGCAUAUACAUUUUGCUGCUGCUUCACUGACUUGAAUGCAUGAAAAAAUAGCACUACAGCAAAAUAAAAGAUAAACCCACAUAUCGAUGCAAAACGUACACACUGUUGGUUGCUUUGGAUAAAAGCGUAAUACAUUAAACAUGCUAACAAUUAUAUGAUGUCACAAUGAAUAAACUGAUUAUACAGUGUUAUUGUAGGCUACAUAUUAUAAUAACUUGCUCUAUUUUUAUAUGGCAUCUGUUCAACAUUCCCUCAGCUAUAUAUUUAGAUAUUAAGGCCAGAUUUUUUCCUGUCUGAGAAAGCCACACACAUGCAGUCCAGAUAUGUACUUAUGAACUACAGAUGAUAGUCAUAGUACACAUUCCAAAGAAAACUCUUAUUUUCCCUUCAAAGAGGUGGCCAAUUUGAUUGACACAUGGAGCUAAUUGGAUCCACCCAGACGGCCACUUACGCUAGGCCCAAAACCAGCCACUUCCUGCCCGCCAUUUCCACUACAGCAUCCAGUUAUAGAAGCCACCAACCAGCCCUGACCUUCAACCAGAACUCAAACAUGCCCUGGAAGACUAAUUCAUACUUUAGGACCGGCAGUGCCAUUCCCACUGUAUCAGCCCUCCAAAGAGAAAACCUAGACCUGGUGCGGGCCAAGACCAUGUUUUACCCGUCCAACAGGACGGCUCUCAGCGCACGGUACAUGCCUGAUGAUUGGUACAAAUCCAACCAGAGUAACUACAGGGAAUCGGAAUCAUCCCGGAACAGCGCGGAAAGGCUGCGGAGGGACACUGUACGCUUGAUCCAGGAUAAAGACCAGCUGACCCGUAGAAGUCAGGAGACCACUAGUAAAAAUAUUGGGGAAAGACUUAAUGACAUUAGCUUCUGGAGGUCCGAGCUCAACCAUGAGAUCGACAACAUGGUGUCAGAGAUAACAGCGCUGACCGAUGUUAAAAGGAGAUUGGAGCGAGCUCUCGCCGAGACAGAGAGCCCACUGCAGGUGGCUCAGGAAUGUUUGUUUCACAGGGAGAAACGGAUGUCAAUUGACCUGGUUCAUGAUGGUGUGGAAAUAGAUUUAAUUAAAGAGGUGGAGGUUAUUAAGUCAUGUCAGGAGAGAAUGAGACGACAUUUAGAGAGAGCCAUUGCACAGUUAGCAUCAAACCGUGCAGCCCAACAUGAGCUGGAGAGAGAUUUGAGUGAUAAAGUCACGGCACAGAGAAUCGAUGACAGGUGUCAUUAUCUCAGAAACACUUCUGAUGGAAUCAGUUACUACAGAGGAAUCGAUCGCCUGGACCCAUCUGUAAGUCUUCCAGACACCUGGUCAAAGUUUACUGAUGACAACGUCCUUCAUUCUCAGAGUGAACGAGCCGCAUCCCACAAACUUCGUGAUGAGAUUGAGAUUCUGCUUAAUACCACAUCAAACGAAAUGUGGAACCAGUUUAACACAGUAAAUGUGUCAUUUACCAACCGCAUCUCUGAGACAGCGGAUGCCAAGAACAAUUUGCAGACACACCUGGCCAGGACUCUUCAGGAAAUCUUCCAGACUGAAAUGCUAAUUGAAGCUUUGAAAAAGGCGAUGAGAGACAAAGAGAACCCACUUAAAGUGGCCCAGACACGUCUGGAAGAAAGAUCUCGCAGACCCAACGUAGAACUGUGCAGGGAUAACCCUCAUCACAGGUUGAUAUCUGAAGUGAGGGAGAUUGAAGACACCAUUCAGAAGUUAAGAGAAAGAUUGAUGGAGGCCGAAAACACUCUUCAGAACCUGGUGAAGACGAAGGUCAACCUGGAGCAUGAUUUAUCGGUGAAGGCCAACUCUCUGUUCCUGGAUCAAGAGAAGUGCAUGAGUAUGCGAAAGUGCUUUCCCAGCACCCCUCGCUUGGUCGGAUAUACCUAGAAUCUUAAGGACCUCAUCUUGAAUUUGCUUAAUCGUGUCAAGUUUGGCUUUCCAAAUGUAAACCUUUAAGAUAAACCACAAGAAUUGUGUAACAGCUUGACAGUUUUUCACACUUAUAAAGGUGCUACAAAAGGUUCUUCACCGCAAUGUCAUAGAAGAACCAUUUGGGGUUCCCCAAAGAACCUUUCAAAGUUUCUUUAACCUCCUAAGACCAGAGCUUUGGUUAGUCUUUUUUUUUCCAGAUUUCAUCCAGCUAUUUUGGGGUUAGGAAGAACCAAUAAAUAUAAUAAAAAAAAUAUUUAAACGUGAAGCAGUGUAAUUGUCCACGUUUGUGUACAACAGGUUCCAGUUACACAGAACAUGGUGCAAACAACAAAAGAUGUGUUGUCUCCAUAUAAGGACAUCCAGGUCUUAGGAGGUUAAAUAACCUUUUUUCUUACAUUUUAUAGUCUUAGGAACUGUUUUUCGCUAAGUAGAAAAGACCUUUCAUCCCCUCAUUAUUGUUUUUAGUGACAUCUGUCUGUUAGAAGAAGCACACAGUAAUGAUUGCAAUUCUGUUUUUACCUCACCAAGAAUUUGAUAUUAGGUAAUAGCACGUGUAAAUGUGAUAAUGAAUUCAUUUAUCUAUAAAUUAUGUGGAACUUCCGAAUGAAUGUCAUAAAAUUUUUAAAACGAAAAAAUGAGAUGAUCCU